ACCAGCAUCGCAUCCUGCAAAAAGUAAGCGGGGGCCUGGAUUUUGCCAUCGAGAAGAACUGUUGAUACCAGCGACUUACUUGAUUGGUAUUCCGUAGCAACGUGUUCUGGAGUCACGGAGACCCUCUUUACUCUGCUCAACCGCCAAGAAAGUCCCAGCCAGGGAAAAUUGAAGCCGGUCUGCUCAGUGCCGCGAAAGACGGGAUUCUUUUAUUUGAUCUCGAUCGACUAGACAGGAAGAAUAUAGCGAAUGUUACUCCUAUUCUCUCGACUAUAGACGGAAGCGAUAUUUUUAUUCAAUGCAAAGAUUCAAUGCAAGCCCUUGGUCUGACCUGCUGCUGUUGGUCGACAUACACCUCCACAAGCAACAGUAUGUCUCGCAAGACAGGGGAGAAAGAAGCCGGAGCAGACGAGCUCAUAAGUGGUCCGGCAAGAGGGGUGCCUAUGAUUCAUGCAUUUGAUGUCGUGAUUUUGCAGAAUGAAAUGGAUGGGACAUCAAAAAUAUCCGAAUCCAUUGCCGCUCACACCAUUCGAUGCCACAGUGGCGAUCCCACAGAUAUGGCAGGCGAGCGAUUAUCUCUAUGCGAUCUGUCACAGUAUAUUCAGCUCGCGUCCAAGGUCAAGGUCAGGUUGUCAAUGGAGUGCGAAGAGCUUUUGAAUGCAUACUUUCGAGUAAUGCGCGGGAAAGGGUCUGGUCUCGACACGAACGAGUUAUCGAGCAUUUCUGUUAUGUCUACCCUCUUGAGACUGGCAACCUGCCAUGCAAAGCUGUGUUUUCGAUCGGUUGCUGUCACGGACGAUGCACUUAUUAGCAUCAUGAUGAUGGAGGAAACAAUAGCGGCCCGAUUCGGUAAAAUUCGAUCAAACAAAGCUUUAUGGCCAUGUCAUGCGGCCGGCAACAAAUUGUCCACGAUUCAUUCAUGCCAUUUCUUUGUUCUGUGUCAGGCACCUCUCGACUGGGAUUUGUGCCGUUGUUGGAUGGCAAAGAAAAUGUUACGCGGCUGUAUGGUCCAUCCCAGCUUCCCAACUUUGUUUCAGGAAACGAUGCUGACAUGGUUCCUGCGAUCGAUUCGAGCGAGUACGAUCUUGAGGAGGAUGUGCCCAUGUCGGACGCGAGUGUCCCAGUCGGUAUUGAAGAGGAGCGCGACCUCAUGAUGGACCGCAUGCAUACACAUUUGAUGAGGGUCAUAGCCGAAAACGCGUCCGAUUGAACCAUGCAAAAAUCUAGGCCCUAGAGGGCUUGCUAGUCCUUUUCGUGCCGAUCAAAGGGCUUCGCAAGACGAUUGCUUAGUGCAGAUGAUUUUGAGCGAAUAAAUAUACGAAAACCAAAAAGCAAAGUGG